UGCUAGCUGGAUGAGCUGUCUGAAGAGCUGCAGAGUGUGCGUGCUGAGAAAGAGACUCUCCUGUCUGAGCAGAGUGGUGCUGCUCAGAGUUCUGCAGAGGAGAUGGAGAAGCUUCUCUCUGCAGUCACAUUUCUCACUGCAGAGAGAGACCAGCUCCAGGGAGACCUUCAGGAAAAUGUAGACAUGGCUGCUGAGACACACAUUAUUCUACAGUCUUUUCAAGACGAGAUGCAGCAGCAGAGGACCAAGCACUCAGAUCUGGUGAAACCCUACGAGCAGAAGGAGUCUGAUUUACGGGAAAAUAUGCCGAGUCUGUCACAGGAACUUGAGAGUGUGCGUGCUGAGAAAGAUACUCUCCUGUUUGAGCAGAGUGCUGCUGCUCAGAGUUCUGCAGAGGAGAUGGAGAAGCUGCUCUCUGCAGUCACAUCUCUCACUGCAGAGAGAGACCAGCUCCAGGGAGACCUUCGGGAAAAUGUAGACAUGGUGAGUGACUACAUUGCU